GUUCUCGUUUCAAAUGAUCACUACUGAUUACUACGCCAUUGCGUUCCACAAAGAGCGCUAAAACUAGUGGCGGGAUUAUUAUACGAUUUUUCGGAAUUCACAGCCAUAUCAAUCGUUGAACGUUUGUUAGUAAUAUUGAGUUCAAGCCAGUUCAUGACAAGUAAGAUGGCAACUGACGAACCCGAAGCUGGCCAAACAGUACAUUGUGUUUCCAGACUUGAGUUGCGUGGAGGAUAGUCUAAUGAGUUUGGAAAAAUUGGAUCGUGCUUCCCCAGAUCUAUGGCCUGAACCAACGACUGAUGAAGUUCCAGGUAUUAAUGAGUUCAUUGCUCAAAAUUCCCCUCCGACUGAACCACCUUCCUGGUCAUCAGGACUUACUGCAGAUGACAUCAAUCAUUUACAUCAAUUGGGGAACCUAACGACCACUGGUCUUAUAGCAGAGGUAAAAAAACUUCAUGAUUUAGCGUAUCAACUUGGACUAGAAGAAACAAAGGAAAUGGCUCGGGGGAAAUAUUUGAAUAUUUUCAAACGCAAAUAGGUUUAUUUCAAUAUGUAUAUAAUAAUAUCUAUAAGAAUUUAUAUUUCUAUUGAAUAUAUUUUUAUGUAAAUAAA